AAAGUGUAAUAUCAGAGCCUGCACCAGCACUAAGGAGGUAGCGCGCACCUUGAUUGUCAAAGCUCAGCGCAUUUACAGCGCCACGAUGGCCCUCGGAGAAUUGGCCCUUGGUUGCGCGGGCGAGGUCAUGAUAGAGGCGAGACGUCUGGGCGCGGCGUAGAUCUUGCCGGCCGCCUAUUUCUCGCAGCUGGAGAAAGCUCUCCAUGAAUAGACUUGAUGAGAUUAAGCAUAUAUAUGUAGAGAGCUGGAGACUCUGAGCUUGAGCAUGGCAUGUGGUGCGUAUUUGCAGAUUUAGAUUCAAGCUUGCGCGGUCGUCUUCUGGGAUUGGAAUGUUACACGUAGUUCUAACACUUGACUUGAGCUCGGUCACUAGAUUACGGUGUUACAUAAUAAUUCCCAUGACUGAAGCUCUCUCUAGCUCGCUUUGAAGUCGAGCUACUCCUUUCGCAUGCCUCUGCAGCUACACUUGGAUGUGUACGAUACUAGGUUUCGUCCAAGUCUUUUGAAAGCCGCUGCCGAGACUCAGGAAAGAGAGCCUCCCGCUAAGCGCCUGAAGCUAUCCUCAACGGGCUCGAGUCCCGAUGAGUUGAUCACUCUUUGGGAUGUCGAGGUUGUGCUAGAGUACCCGGAUCACGCUGUGCAUUUAGACGCGUUGAACGGUCUCGUUCUUGAAGACAUUUUCUCAACCAAAACAUCAAACAUCAGUACCGCCAGGAUCAGUGUUGGGGUCUCGAAUGCAUGGCUGGUUCAAGGGGCAUUGUUAUCUGUCAAGAAGGAUCCGACUGACUAUGCGCAUCAAGCGCUGCUCUACAUGCUAGCCAUGUCGCCAACGAGCUCAGUAGUGAAAAGCAUGCACCAGGUCUACGAGCAUGCCAAGUAUAUCCGACAAGUCCAAAUCAAGGGCUCUUCGGUAUGCUUUGUUUCCAGAUUCUCUGUUGCGCCCUUACUGCAGUGGUCACAAAGCUCAGUCAGCCUGGCCCGGAACAAGAUGUUUAGCUUCUUCAUCGACUUGAUGUAUCCCGAUCAGCCUGCAGCCUCACCCACGGUCUCCGAUUUCUACAGCUUCCUAAAACCGCCGGCUGCUACAGAGGAGACUUACGAGUCGCCCUUUAUCAAGACAGAGCUCCUGCACUAUCAGCGCAACGCAGUCCACUGGAUGCUGCAACGAGAGUUGGGCAGAGGCGAGACUGCACAGCUCUGGCUUCCAUACAAGAGCAAAGAUGGAAGUCCUGUCUUUAUGCAAAAGAUCAUCGGCCUGGUCACUAAGUCGAAAGCCGAGACUGAGAGCUCCAAUUCGAUUCCUGGAGGGCUUCUUGCUGACGAGAUGGGUCUGGGCAAGUCGCUGGCGAUCAUUGCGCUUGCGGUGCACAAUCAGAUGAGUGGUCCAGACAUGGAGCCUCAAGUAGAUCACUUCACUGGGAACACGGUCAAACCAAUUGGCGCGACUCUGGUGGUCUCUCCUCCUUCCAUCCUUCAGCAAUGGAUUGACGAGGUCGCUAAGCACUCGUCCCUCAGAGUGUGUCACUAUCGGGGAAUGGCCAAAACCGCAAUCGGAGAACAUGAUUUUACUCAAUACGAUAUUGUCGUGACCGCGUACGACACACUGGCUGCAGAAGUCUACCACGCCACGCCAGUCAUAUCUGAACGAAAGCUACGCACGCCAAGUUUAGAAAAGCGCAAGUGUCCUCUUGUCUUACACGAAUGGUUUCGAGUGGUGAUGGACGAAGCGCAAAUGAUUGCCACCGGGUCAUCUGCCGCUGCUCAAGUGGCAUGUCAAAUACCACGAAAGAAUGCAUGGAUUGUCACUGGAACGCCCAUCUCCAAAUCAUGUGUCGAUACAUUCGGUCUCCUUCAUUUUCUGCGCAUUGACCCAAUCUAUGCCAAUGCGAGCUUGUACAACAGAAUUCUUGACAGUGCCACUGCCAUGGAUACUAUUGAGAGGCUAUUCAAACCUCUUUCUUGCCGAAACACAAAAGCGCUUGUCUCCGCGGAAAUUGCGCUGCCUCAACAGACGAUGUAUCUAUGUCCUGUUGAGCUGACUGCAAUCGAAGCAAGUAACUUCAACGAUCUGUUGGAUGCUGCUCUCGAGGAAAUCGGCAUCUCCAAGACUCUCAUCUCAGCAUCGGAUGAUUCUUGGACGGAGCAGUUGACGUCGCAACAAGUCAGUUUGAUGCAAGCCUGGAUUAGCCGAUUGAGACAAGCUUGUACUCAUCCGUACAUUGGAGGCAAGAAUAAAGCUUCAUUCGCCAUCAAUGUCAAGCCAUUACAGACUCUCGCGGAUGUUCUAGAUGGCAUGAUUGACGCGACCAAUCGCUCACUAGAGGUGGACCGUCGUGCCAGGGCAACAGCCAUCCUGCGAAAGGGGCAAAUCCUCGAAUACACAGCAAAGCAUGAUCAAUCGCUCAAGAUUUGGCAAGAUCUGUUGCCGACUUUACAGGGCGAGGUCGAAGUUGCCUCUGCCAAUCAUGCUGCUAGCCAGAAGCGGCAUCUGGACGACAAGACUGAUGAAGUGGCUGAGCGUGCGUUUAAGUUGAGUUUGACUGAUUUGCGACAUUGGCGUGAGCUCCUUCAACGAUGCUACUUCUUCAUUGGCUCUGCUCACUUUCAGCUGAAGAAUGAGGACCAAGAGAAGGAAGCCUAUGCAAAUGCCAAACAAGUACGCAAGGAGUUGCUAGCUGAAAGCGAAGAAGAUGCUCUAACUCAUAUCGCCAAAGUUGUCAAACGAUUCAAGGCCCAGGACUUUGUUGUCAUACCGGAGAUGCGUUUCUCCGAUUUUACCGGUGGCUUCUCAUCGAGACCGCUCCUCGAACGCUUACAGACGAUCACUGAGAUUUUGAAUGAUCAAGCUGGGCUCAUGGAUGAGUGGAGAGAAUCUUGCCUAGACCGUUUGAUAACACAAUUACCUGACCAGAACGACGAGGCAUCGGGAGGCGAGUAUGAAGAAUCACUUGACAAGCAAGCAGAGGCUUCAGACUACCAUGAUCUGGUCAGGAUUGCUACGGCUGACCGCAUGGCACUCGUCAAUGGCCUUGCCAAUACGAUGGUUGAGAAUGAUGCUCGUACACUUGCUCAGUCUUCGGCCAGGAGUGAAAUUGUCAAAGCAGGUCUGGCUGCUCGAAAUCAGUUAAUCCCAAAGGGUGGCUAUCAACAGUGGGAUUCGCUAGUCGCCGUCGUCAAUGCAUUCAAAGCCAAAGUCAGGCAGCUGGAGCAUAUGACAGAUGCUCGGACUACAACAUCGGCAAGGCUGGAGCUUGACAUCGCUGUUCGGGCUCUCGAGCAGCUACAGAAAAGGGCGGCACCGCAAAUCAAGUGUUGCGAAGCUCUCAAGGCUGAAUUCGAUCUCGUUGUUGAGACCUUGAACGCUCGCCUCUUGUACUACAAACAGCUGCAAGGCAUAUCAGAUGGGCUCACUGCAUUCACUGUACUCAAGCACGUCAGCGAUGAGAAUCUGCUCAAUGAAGACUUGGACAGAGCCCUUGGACGGGAUAAAGCUGUCGAACUCGAGGAGUCUGACAUCAGCGACGAGGAGCGAGCUAGUCGAGUUUUCACAGCUAUGCACAAAGUGGACGCAGAGAUCUUGCAGCGUGAGACUGUCAUCAGUAAAGGGCAGACUCGAGAAAAGUAUCUCAGGUAUUUGGGAACAUUGAAGGACAAGGAAAAAGAAACAUGCACGAUCUGCAUUACCGAAUUUGACAAGGGAGUCAUGACCGUUUGUGGCCACAUCUUUUGUCGUGAUUGUUUCAAGGAAUGGUUUCGUCAGCAUCGCGCCUGUCCCCUGUGCAAGAAGCUUUUGGACAGAAACUCUUUCCAUUCAAUAACACUGAAGAAUGUGUCUGUCAAAUCUCCGCCCGAGGUCAAUUCAAAAGCGAGCAUGCACUCUGUCGAAUACGAAUACCCGAGGCUCAGCCAAGAGCAGCUCGCAGCUAUCAAUCAGGUGACGCUUGUCGGCUCUUACUCGAGCAAAAUCGACACGAUCGUGAAGCACAUUAUUUCCAUCCCCGAUGGUCAAAAGGCGGUGCUGUACAGCAAUUGGCUUGAAGUCUUGUCUCUCUUCUCACUCGCAUUGGACAAGAAUGAAGUCAAGACUGCACUGCUGGGACAGAGGUGCAAAAAGUCACAACCUCAAGGUUUGGAAGAUUUUAUGAAUGAUUCGAAGUGUAAAGUUCUGCUGAUGAGUGGCAAAUCACAGUCGUCAGGCCUUACUUUGGUCAAUGCUACCCAUUUGUUCCUGGUGGAGCCGCUGCUCAAUCAAGCAGUCGAGCAGCAAGUCGUGUCACGCAUUCACAGAUUUGGCCAGACUCACGAGACAUCGGUGUAUCAAUAUACAGUCGAGGGUUCCGUGGAGAUGACGAUCUUGAAGGAGAAUGCCAGGCUCCGCAGGCAGACGAAAAUGGAAGUCGCUGAGGAGACUGGUCCAGUCAUUCUGGGGGACAGCCAGUACAAGAGGCGUCUCAGAGCAGGGGAGGUGACGGAUACGAAUGAGACGAUUGCCCUGUUCAAGUGUAACUUUGAGCAGCGGCCUGGUGUGAUGGGAGACGAGGAGGAGCAGGAUACGCUGCUUGGUCCCAUCUGAAUGAGUUUCCUUAGCGAUGACAUCAUAUGGCCUGGACUUGCACGUGCUCGAGAUGUCUCCGGAGCUU